UAAGUGUCAAACAACGCCUAUCGAUCUCGUUCGUGGUGCGAGUUUGUGGCUCUUUUCUGCCCUGAAUCCGUGUCAAUUCCGUCACGAGAGUGGUGGAGAGUCCUUGCAGGAUGGACUACAGUAAGAUCAGCAUCGAGUCCAUGUUCAAUUUGAGCGUGGACUACCAGAAGACCAACGCAAUGCUGUACAGUGGCAACUGCGCUGAGCCCGAGGAACAGCCCGAGAUCGUGGUAGUGCGCGAGGAUGCGCUGCCGAAGCCCACUUUUCAAUGUCCGACGUGCCUCAAGGUGCUGAAGAGCAUGUCGACGUACAGAAAUCACAUGAAGAUUCACGCGAAUCAGGAGGAGGACGCGAAGCAGUGGAGCGUGUGUCACUACUGCAACAAGGUGUUCUACGAUCCCAACCAGCUGAAACAACACCAGCUGAGCCACACGAAAGACAGCCAGGCUCUGAAGUGCCACCACUGUUACAAACCCUUCUACCAUCGAGACGCCCUGGAGAGGCACCUGAAGGAGCACAAGGAGCUCAAGGACUACCGCUGCCUCAACUGCAAUAAGACCUUCGCUUCCUUCAACUACCUGAAGCUCCACUUCAAGAUGCACGCGGACGAAAAGCCCUACAAGUGUAGCUACUGCGACAAGCGAUUCACCUUCUCCAGCAACCUCACCGUGCACACGAGGAUCCACACGGGCCACAAGCCCUAUAGGUGUCGUGAGUGCAACAAGUGCUUCACGCAAAUCAACACGCUGAAGCAGCAUCACAAGGUGCACGAAAAGGAGGACAAGACGGCCAAGGCGAUGGCGCAGGCCGAUGAUUCCAAGAGUUUUCACUACGAGGGCAACCUCAUCACGAUACCAUCGUGAGCGCGUGACCCGAGCGGCGCGGCGUAGGGGAGGAGCCAGCGCUGAAGGUCGCGGAUAUCAAAGACGUCUGUGUGUUCUGGAGGAUGAAGAUGUAAGUGCCACCAAAAAGAUGAAGCAGUUUCCCAAAUAAUGAAAUCAUGAGUGUUGAUUCUCUCAGAGAAUUUCCGCGGGUGUAUUGAAGCGCCCCAUUUUCCCUCCCUCUCUUCAACUUUCCAUCGAUGUUUUGAGAAAAAGACCAAGAAGUAGAUUUACGAGUUUUACCAUGUUAAGGGCGUGUUGAGAAGAGAAGAAGAAUGAGAGAGAUGAAUUUACAACAAUUGAAAUUCCCCAUUUAUGAAUUUUUAUCACAAUUGAAAUUGAUUUCUCUCCCUAAUAUUUAUGUUUAUAAUCUUGUUUUGGUACAAAUAUUAUCUUUUCUCCCAUUUCUAUCCUUCACAAUAAUGUAUUUCUAUAUCAUUCAGCAAUUAAUAAAUAUCUUUAGUUAAUCUAUCUAUUGUUUAUCAGUUGGUCCUGCUUUGUUGCCCCUUUUUUGCAGCCAUGCCCACAUUUUCUACGCUUUCGCCCAUUGUCUACGCUAAUUGGGCCUUUGGGAGUGUAGACAAUGACAAUGUAAGGUUAUGUUUGCUUGUAAUCCUUUUUAUUUCGCUUUUACGCUCCUUUUUCACUUGAUUUUGUGAACACAAAACCUUUGAAUCAUGAAGAUUCAGUGCAAUAUUGUUGAUUUUCAUUGGAAAUGAGUGCAAUUUUCUUGCUUUCUUAACCCAAUAGAAUGCCUAGAAGGUAGUUUUUUAGUGUGUUAUUAGUUGAAUUUACAGGUGAUUGUUAGAUUUUCCGAUUUUCCUGCAAUCCGAACGAUGAAUCCAUGCCAAAUGCCACACAAAAUGGUGCUCAUUUCUUCCGCCAACAGGAACAAAACGAAUUUUCACAGUCACAAAAGCAGUUGUGAUGCUCAAAAUCAAUUUAUUAUCGACAAUAAGAAGGAGAGAGAAUAAAAUAUUGUAUUGAUUUCAAGGUGAGACGAAAGUUCUCUCAAUUGUACUGGCAAAGCCUAAAACACGGUCUCUAAACUUCACUGCAAACUAAUCAUUUUUACAUGUAAUAUUUUUACAUAAUGUGUAUAACUUUAUUCUAUAUUUCACACAAUUAUACAAUGAUUUCAUAAAAAGAAUAUUUGUUUACUUUCCCCCCCCCCGCAACUGAGUCAUCUUUUACCUUUAACGACGCCAGAGUGUAGAUUAUAUGACGUAAAGUAUUCAGCAAUUCCAUAUUCCAUAUCUAAGCAUCUCCAUACAUAUUCUCGUCAAUUGUUCUCAUUACUCAUUCGGCGAUGGAUGGAAAAUUUAAUUCACUCUGGCGAUGUGAGCAAUAUUUC